UGUGUCGUAGCGUCCUGUUUUUUCUUAGUUUUUAUGGGAAAACUGACACAAAAAGUCCUGUUUUUCCACAUAAUUAGUAUUCCCAGUAUUACCAUGUUUUCCUCGGAAAAAAUCCUCAAUUCUUAUAUAAUUUUUCUCAGUUUUUAACCCGUCCAGAUUCCGGUCCUGUCCUAGCGUCCUGCUCCUUAAAUCCUUCCAAAACUCAAACCUCUUUCUGUUCUUUUGCACUCUUUGACGCUGCUACCUUAAACAAAGGAGUCGAAGCCUUUUUAACUCUUCCUCUAUCUCCGGUGCUUCUCACACAUCAGAUGACUGAUGGCAACAUCCGGUGAAGUUGAAGAAAAUGAGCAACAAAUACAGAGGCAAGAAACCCAGAAGCUGCUUUCUUCAUAUCUUGGUGUUAGUUUCAGUGUUUUCUUGGCUUACAUUCCAGAUUGUUCACUCUCUUUGCUGCCAAAGAUGAAGACCCAAUUGAGAGAACUGACAGCAAGGCUUUCAACGGCUGAGGAGCAGUUGAGGCAAAUGAAGUCGAGAAGAAAAGAGGACUCCAAAGCAAACGCCAGAGUGGUAGAGAUCUUUGCCAGCCACAGGAACGCGUGGCAAGCGGAGGAGAAGCAGCUUCUGCAGCAAAUCGAGGAUCAGAGGGCAAGAAUCGAGGAGUUGGAGAGAGAUACCCAUGAAUCCAAGCGGAGGAUUGAAGAGCUCCAGGACAUGAUUGGCUUCAUCUCUACCACUAAGGCUGUUGCUGAAGAAGAGGAAAUGGAGGAGGAAUCCGCCGCGGAAGAGACGAGGGAGGACCAAGUAAACUUUAGUGGUGUUGUUAAUGUUGGGCACGAUGGGAAUUUGCCCUUCACUUCCGAUUUCUUGGCUUCUGCUUCUUCAGAGUUUUGGGCCGAGAGAGCUAAUGUCUGGCAGGAUGUACAGUAUGAAUCUCUUGAAUCUUUGUAUCACAUGAAGCAUUUUGUUGCAAGAAGGGAAUCACCUUGGAAGGUAGAUGGUGAAUCAACUGGAGUUUCCUCUAAACUAAAGCUGCUUGAACAGGAAUUAUUGAAUUUGGAAAUUAUUGGCAAAAGUGAUUUAUCAAGGGUACCUUCAUUAAUGAGGAAGCAGGCCAAGAGAUAUCAAGCUCUUACAUCAAAGAUUGAUGAUCUCUGCAGAAGAAUGCAGGCUAGUGAUCACUCUGAACCCACACUCAAUUUAGAGUUUCGAACUCGGAAACAGACUGAGUAUUUGCUGGAAGCAUUUCGACUUCAGCAGCGUGCAUCUGAAACUGGACAAAAGCUAAUGGAUUUACAAACUGAGAUUGGGAAGAGUUACUACAGGGAUGAUCCUGGAAGCCCGGCCAAACUCGCAACAAAACGAUCCAUGGAUUCCAUUAGAAACAACUUACAGGAAGUACAAAGAAACUUGGAGAUAUGGUUGGCCAGAAUUAUAGGUGAUCUUGAAGGAAUUCUGGCCAGAGAUGGCUCUUCUCGUGUUAGGGAGUACUGCAUUUCUGGAUAUCCUUUCCUUCAAUAGAAUCUUCAAACUGCUACCGAAAAUAUAUAUUCAUAGAACAAAAUAUCCACUCUUAGAAAUAUAUGUUGAUCAGGUUAUAAAAUAGUUGUUAGAUACUUGCGAGGAUGAAAUACGACUCAGUUCAUGGUAGCACAUCUACCUUUUUGAAUAUGGCAGCCUCAUGAUUUACUGUCGUUGAAAGAAAAAGUUAAAACUUAUCAUCCACGAAUAAUGGUAAAAUCUCGAUCAGAUACAGCCAUGCACAUAAUUACCUCGUGUUUGUGUUUGUUUUUCUUGGAUGCUAAAGUUCUGCUCCUAGAACAGCUAUUUUGAGAAAGACUUCCACAGGAAUCUCUUAAUUAGAAACUAGGUAUAAGAGUAGUGGAUGGU